UUUUAUGCAAAGAAGAAAAAAACGGAGGAAGCAAAAAUGGCUCAGGGUUCGCAGAAGUUUAAAGCUCAGCGUCCAGGAUCCAAAAAACAACAACAGAGCAAACAGAAAGGCCCGAAGAAAGGAGGGAGGAUCAUAGCACCAAAGAAGGCUCAAGUGGUUCAGCAGCAGAAGCUGAAGAAGGGUCUAGAGGUUGCCAUCAGGAACAAGAUUGAGCAGGAGGUGACCCAGAAGGCCAGCUCCUCCCUCCACAAGCCGCUGAGUGUGAUUAAAACUCCCGAGGCUAAAGGAAACCCUGGAGCAGCCCGUCCUGGAACCAGCUCCAAAUAAAACCAGCUCGCUCGAGACCUGAGUCUUCUGGUUUUAUAUUACAAAUUGAUUAAAAUGAAGUUUGAAUGGGUUGCAAUUAAUAUCAAAUGUUACAUGUCCUGCUUUGUUUUGUUUUUUUGACUGCAAGCUGACUUCCAUGUUUUUAAGAAGUUAAUCCAAAACAUUUAGCGAUUACACUCACUGGACAGGUUACAUCAGGCUGUCACAGGAUUUUAUCUUUUCCUGCAAAGAUAAAAUCGACAAAGGAGACAGAUUUUUGGUACUCUGUCAGAUUAUUCUGUAGUUAUCACUGUACAGAAAAAUUGUAUUGUAAAAUGUAUAAAUGGGCUUGAUUUAUUUAAUCUUUUGUGUUGAUAAAGUGUUUUGUCAGCUUGCUUUUUAAAACUAAAGAUGAUCAGUU